UAAAGUAAUGAGACUGGCAACGUCGCUUUCGAUCCGGCAAAGCUGGAGACGAGAGGUUUUGAGCAGCGUCAGGUGCACAUGUGAUACGACCCCAGUAUGAGUUUGAACUCGCUACAGUCAUUUGUUUCUCCGUAGCGUUAGUUUUCGUGAAACAGUUUUUCCUUGUCAGUUCUAAAAAUGAGUGGCGUCAAUUUUGAGCAACGGUGUGCUAUCAAGUUUUGCUUCAAACUUGAACACAAUGCAACAGAAACAUUUGAAAAACUUCGGCAGGCCUAUGGAGAAAGUGUUUUGUCAAGGGCCCAGGUUUUUCGGUAGUUUAACCGUUUGCGUACCAGAGGGUUUUGAAAAAACACGAUCGAAAAACGCCAAGGAGCGCGAUCGCGCUCCUUCGAUUAUGUGUGGAAAAAAGCCGAAGAGCGCGAUAGCGCUCCUCCGGUUACGUGUCGAAAAAAGCCGAAGAGCGCGAUAGCGCUUGUCAUAUUUAAUGCGGUAAAUAAUCGGGCCGCGCUUCUCGUGUUUGUUUUUUCUAUUUCUAUACCAUCAUUCUUUAUGCAAGCGGCAGAAAGAACGGAGUGUUAUAAAAGAGUAGUGUUAUAAAAGUGCGAUCAUCAUAACCGUGUCUUUGUAGAAAUUAUUAGACGAAAUAAAGCAGAAGGUAAGUGUGGUGUUAGCUGAGGUUCAUUGAGUAAUUUUUAAAAUUAAUUUAUUUUAACCCUAAGGAGCUAUAAUGAGCCGGAAAACUAAAAUUACAAGCAUAAACGAAAAUCCAAGUUACCCGAGUGACACCGAUGACUCUGACAUCAUUCCUGUUAGGAAGAGCAAGAAGCGUAUAUUCAGUAGCUCGGAGAGUGAUAACGAUUUUUCGACACACGAUAAUUCAUCUGCAGAGGACUUGCUCAGAAAACCCGAAGAAAAUAUCGAUAAUUUUGAAGCUGAAUGCAAUUUUCCUAAUUGGAGCAAACCGAUUCAUUAUUUUGACCUCUUUUUUGAUUCAGAACUAUUGUCACUAAUGGUUACCGAGACUAAUAAUUACGCGGAAUAUUCGAGGAGUCUUCUUGAACCAUCAGAUUUGUCUAAACUACCGAAAUGGACACCAGUUACUGAAUUGGAGUUGAAAGCAUUCAUAGCAAUGAUUCUAGAAAUGGGCAUUACAAGAAGACCCAGUAUAACUUCAUAUUGGAGCAAAAAUUCACGGCAGAUACCAUGGUUCAAGAAAAUGUUUUCAAGAAAUAGGUUUCAAGAAAUUUUAAAGUAUUUUCAUUUGGUAGAUAGUUCUUUGUGUUUUCCACCUAGUCAUCCUAAUUACGAUCCCUGUGUGAGAUUUGAACCCCUUGUUAAACACGCUAACAGAGUUUUUAAACUAAUUUCAACUAAAUGUGAAGAAAAAAAUGUGACGAUAACAAAGAAAAAACACGGUAGAGAAUGGCAUUCAACAAAACCUGCUAUCAUUCACUCGUAUAAUACCUUCAUGGGAGGUGUAGACGAAUCUGAUAAAAUGUUAUACACAUAUCUUGAUGAACGUAGAACCGUAAAAUAUUGGAAAAAGGUUGCUUUCAAUAUCAUGAAUCGCAUGGUUUUGAAUGCUUAUAUUAUUUAUAAAAAAAAUGCGAAUAAUAGAGCAAUGACCCGGUUAGAUUUUAUUUCGCGAAUUAUUUUUGAUAUUGGGCGUGAAUGGAUGAAAGAGAAGAGGGUACGAGUUUUUCAACGUGAUUUUUUAGACGAAAAUAGGCUACGUUUAGUAAAGUUGCCACAACGCAACUUACGGAAUUGCGUAGUGUGUAGCACUAAAAAUAAGAGAAAAAGAUCGCAUCUGAUUUGUGUACAAUGUGAAAAGGGAGUUCAUCCAACCUGUUAUCAUAAACAUCAAUGUUUUACAUAGUAAAAGUUAUU